AUGGAGAUCUUCAGAAUACAGUCAGGAUUUUAUAGUCCAGAACAAUCACAUCGAAACACAUAUGCGCCAAGAUCAGACUGCUACAAUCGCAAUGCCGACAGUGGUUAUUCAUCUCGCGUUGGUACAUCUCAUGGUGAUUAUUAUUCUGAACUGGGCUCUUCAAAUACUUUUGAAUCAUCAUACAAACAAAAUAAAAUUACAAUCGAGGCACUCUGCGUUCACUACAAAUUUCUCAAGUCUGAGAUAGAUCCAAAGGAAGUUGAAGAUUAUCUGUAUGAAUUGGAAGUAAUAGACGACGAAAUAUUGGAGAAGUGUAAUGCAGCUACAAACAGAAGAAGGAGGGUUGAUAUUCUUGUGAAGCAUGUGUUUAAGAUUGCUAAAUGGAACAACGAUAAGAUUUUGAAGCAGUUUGAGAAGUCUCUUAUACGCACAAACCAAGGCUAUGUAGUAGACAAAAUAACAGAACCUUUUUCAGAACUCAAUGUAAAAGACACUAUACCAAAUGCACAAUUGAAAGGUUUCAUUCACGAAAUGGAGAGUUGUAUUUUUGAAAACGUUGACCCUAGAAACUUCAUUGAUGAUCUUAUAACUGAGGGAGCUAUAACUUUUGACGAACAUGAGGACAUAUCACAACAUCCAUUUAGGAGGGACAGGAUCUCAUUUUAUAUGAAUAAAGUGAAACUGGCUGUCAGGUCUACAAAUAAUGAGAUUUGUCUUAGAAAGCUUAUUCUUCCAAUGAUCAAUUUUUAUCCAAAAAUCUUUGAAGAAUACGAGAAUGGAUCACACCGGAACCCUACGAACGUGCCGCUAGUGAAACUUGAUUCCUUGGUGCAAGUGAGAUGUCAUCUUAAAGGAAAAAGAGGAAAUUGUGAUUUUCGGCAGAUAGAACGCAAUUGUGUCCAUAAUUUCUAUUCCGACCAAUCUAAAUAUAAAAACUGGCUCGAAAACAUGAUCGAGGAAUGUAUAUGCAGUUUUGAAAAAUUAACAAUUGCCUCAGUUGUAAUUCAAUUAAGGACGAAGGGUUCUGACUCACUUUCCCGAAUUAUCAAAGCAUGUGAAGAUGGCAAGGCAAAGCAAUGGAUAAUUUCACUUCUUGAUAAAGAAGACUUGAAACAAAUGAAGAAAAUGCAAGGGACAAAGAUGCAAAUAAAAAUUCAUGUAUAUGAAAGGAGAAAUGAACAGUGCGCACAACAAGAACAUGACUGUCUUUGCACACUAAAUCGGAACAGCAUACUCUGUAACUACAAUCUGAUUCAAGAAAACAUACAAGAUAUUGAUGAUGUUUUGGAAAAUAUGUGCCAACUUAAGCUACCUGGGUAUGAACAGUUUGAGUCUUUCAUGCGGCGAUCAGUCCCUAAAAAGCGGAUCGACUAUCUAUUGGAUUACCUUCUUCAAAGGGAUACUCCAAAAAUAUACUUUUGUAUCUUACAAAAAUACAUACAGAGGUCUAUGAGUCCUGAUGUUAUCAAGACAAUAUUAAAAGAUGACCAAUCAAGAAUGAUGCAGUUAGACAAAGAAGAUAUAUGGAAGCACGAAGAUUAUCUUCUGGAUGAGUUAGACAUAAGAUUUUUCCAUUUGUCGUGUUUUCAAAAAGAAGCAAACACUUCAAACAAGUUAAAAACUGAACUAUUUGAAUCCAAGGUUAGAGAAGAAAGAGUUGGAUUGUUUCUCCGUUAUCUUAGAGAGGAAAACGAUAUAACGUGGUUUUUAAAUAAGCUAAAAGAAUCACAAAAAUACAUUUGGGAUGUGAUUGUGUCUGGUAAACACAGCAUAGAAUCAUCGGAAAGAGAUCUUCAAGCUGUUAAUAUUAUGAACGAUCAUAUUGUUGAAGAAAUUGAUCCUCUUCAUUUGAAACAAAGGAUAUCGAUAGUGACAGCACGAAAAUUACGUUUUGAUGAUUUUGAAGAAGUGACAAGUCGCCGAGAAAGAGCACAGUUUUUUAUUAAUAGAUUAUCCGUUGACACCAUGGAUGAAGUGUUGAUAGCAAUGCGAAGAAGUGGAUAUGAACGCAUCGUCGAUGAAAUAAAAGCAGGCUCGCUAUCAAAAGAGUAUAGAUGUCCUAGACUGUCACAUCAAACAUAUGAAGAAAAAUGCGUAUUUCAUAGCCAGAUGGAAAUACACUUUGACUUGACAGACUUUAAAUUUGUAGGUCAAGACGUAAAGAGCUUUGAUUUAGAUGGAGCACAUCCAGUUUCGGUAGAUAUUUAUGAAGACAAGACAGAACCAAGUUUGAAAAACUUUGAACGCAGGGACGAUAAACCCUUUAAAACAUUUAAAAGACAGAUAUGUAAUGAAUCUUCUAGGGAAACCGAGAGUGGAUUUUUAUCUAUAUCUGAAGAAGCAACGUCUAUCAAUGGAGUUCCUGAAAUACAAGAAUUUGAAGACGAAGGCAUACACAGUUGGCAUUCAGGAUCAUCUUCUGUUAAUGAUAGCGUCAAGUGCAAAACAUAUGAACAUGAUGCUGUUGACUACGAAAAGAAAAUAUGUGUACAAAGUCGGUCAAUUAAAUAUCCAUCAAGACCUAGCUUUUCUAAUGGUUCAGUUUUUCAAAGAAGACGUUUUAACCAACCCUGUAUUGUGCCAAAGAUACAUAUUGGCGCUCUAUUUAGACCGGAGCGACCAAGGGUGCCAUUAGCCCUCUCCUCACAGACAAGUGUUCGGAUUAGAAAAGUAAAUUAUUCAUCCUCGAGUCCAUAUUUACUUUCAAAAAGAGAUGGUACAAAGAAUACAAAUAGCGGAUUGAAACUUGAGAGACAAUGGCCGAUGCAAUCUUUGCGGAGGACGAGUGUAUUAAAUAGGCUAGUUUUGGCUAGACAAACUGCGAAGGAGACAAAACGCAAUUUUAAUAUUAACUCUUUUGUUCUUUCUAGACACUUUGAUAAGUUGUGUUCGAUACCUUCCACAAAUCCCGAAGUUUAGCUCUUAUCGGCGGGCGAAACAAGAAACAUGUGUAAAUAUAUUGACCUAUAUACUUAUCAUAAAUAUACCCAUCUUCUGAUCAUACGUGGACCCGUCGUAUUGUCGUACAUGCACUUAUCCUAAGGUCAUACAUAGACCCGCCUCAUGGUCAUACAUGGACUUAUCUUACGGUCAUACAUAGAGCCAUCUCCUGGUUGUACAUAAAUUGUCUUGCGUUCAUACAUAGAGCCAUUUCAUGGUCCUACAUGCACUUAUCACACGGUCAUACAUAGACCAGUUUUCUGGUGGUACAUAGACUUAUCUAACGGCCAUACAUAGAAUGGUCUCCUGGUAGUACAUAGACUUAUCUAACAGUCAUACAUAUACCCAUCUCCUGGCCGUACAUGGACUUAUCUUCUGGUCACACAUAGAGCCAUCUAAUGGUCGUACACUGACCCAUCUCCUGACUAUACAUGAACUCAUUUUCUUGUCACAUAUGGAUUCAUCUCAUGGAUAUGCAUGGUCUAAUAUGCACUUCUUAAUAGGGCACAUGUGACCUUAUCCUUAUCUCGAGGCUAUAUACUGACUUAUCUCCCAGAAAUAAUAAUGUCGUUUUAUACAUAAGAACGUCUAUCUUGUGGCCAAAUAUGGACUUCUUUAUACUGAUUACGUGCCAUAUGCGGAAUAGUUGAAAGAAUGUUGUGUUUUACUGAUUCUCAUUAAAAAAUUUGUAAAACAAUAAUAUGUCUGGAAUAGAAGAAAGGUGCUUUGAAUUUUCGCUUCAUCAUACUUUUUUUUGUUUCAUAAAACAAAGAUGUACUAUAACCUGUCUCAUAUAUGAAUUUAAUCGUACGGUGUGUUUGCAAAUAUUAACUUUAGAAAUAUACACAUAUUUCCAAAUAUAGCAUUGACCGGUAUAUAUUGGGUAAUGCAAAUGUACUUUAUAUAUGAAACAUCUGUCUUGGUUCAUCUUCUUUUCAUAGUAUAUUCAUUAACGUUGUUGUUUUUUUAAUCACUUUUCAAUUUCGGAUAAUGCAUAUUUGUUGCCUAAUUUAUUAAAUAAAUCGCAUCUGUUACUUCCAUGUUCCUUGUCUGGCUCAAAAUUGAACUUUUAUUUUUAUCAUUCUCUUUGUUGCGUAUGAAAAUUUAUUUAUUGAUUAGUUUUUAUAAUUGAAAUUACUGUUAUUAGUUUAGUAUUUUUAUGCCCCCCCCUUCGAAGAAGAGGGGGUAUAUUGUUUUGCUAAUGUUGGUCGGUC